AGAAAAGAAAUCGCCGAAUCUUCAAUCGGAAGUUGAAUAAUGUGGGCGGGCAUGUGCCCGACGGGUGCGCGUGCGCGGCUGUGUACUUAGCGGGAAAUGCGCGUGUGGUGGGGGGCGCAGGCGGCGCUCAACAUGCGUGUGUGGGUGGCCACCGUGAUCGCGGCGCUGGCGCUGCGCUCGGCGGCCGAGCCCGCGUCGCGUCGGCACCCGGCCGAGUGGCACACCCGCGACCUGACGCACUCCCGCCCUCUCCACGAGCUGUUCGAGCCCGACGGCCCUGAGGCUCCCGUCGCGUUCGCGCCGCCGUCGCCGGCGCUCCAACCUUCUGCACUGCGCAAGGAGCGCCGACGUGCAAAAAACUUUAACAAACGCACGCCCCGCCUCCCUUCGGAGAUCGCGAGCCAAAUGAUGUUAAGAGCAUCGCGCUCUAGUCGACCCUACGAUGUGCCCCAAAUAGAAUGCCCGCCGGCGGCAGACGGCAUGGAACGGUUCGCGUGUCCGACGCCAGAUCGGCAGGGCCGCUAUCGCUGCAUCGACGACCACGUGCUCUGCGACGGAUUCAUCGAUUGCCCCAGUGGUGAGGACGAGGAUCGUCAGUCCUGCAUGUUCUAUAAGACGACAAAGGCACACUUGGACGUACUGGCCGACGCGCUCCUACGGUGGGCCCGCGGUCGCUAAAGACCCCGGUCCCGACUCCGUGCUCCUACAACCGCCAGUGCUACUCGGACUCCAGUAAGUGACCCCCGACCGAGGGCCCGCGGCUGCAGCCCCGCGUGCUCGCGGUCGCUCUAAGCUGCGAACUCCCAUUCCAAGUAUUCGGGCAAAACCAGUCAAGACAACUAGUAGAGAUGCGUUGAGCGUAAUGAAACAUAUCAAGUAGUGGUGCAGCCUUUGCCAAAAACUUGACCACUUAAAGUGUAGUGUAAGGUUUCCGACAGCGAAUAGACGCGAAACACAUUUGACUCAUGCAGGUGCGCGCGCGCAUGACGCGUUGGAAGGCAGUGGUGCGAUCUGGUUUCGUCCCAAUUUACCUCUCGGCAGCUGAUUUAUUUUCAAGCAUUUCGUACCUUCUAGCACUUAUUUAACUAAAAUGUGAGACUGGUAGUCGACAUUGUUAGUCGGUAGGACAUAUACAUACAUAAAUAUUUUAGAAGAAUAGUUCUUCAUUUGACAAAACAUAAAUAUUUAUAUCGAUUUGUUAAAGUAUUUAUUCACUCUAUGUAUUUACUCUAUAUUAAGUUACUACAUUCCUUAUUAUAAUGAGGGUUGUAAAGUAAAUAAGAGAACUCUAAGAAUGUGUACAUAGGUAUACCUAAUUAUUCUGUGUUUGUUUAAAUUCGGCCUACAUUUGGCGAGUGGCGUCAAUAUACGCUCGGUUUUGCGCCGGCGUUUUGGGCGUUUGCGCCGACGGCGAACAGUUAUAUUUUUUAAUUAUGAUUAUUUAUAAAAUACCAAACGUUGUUUUGUCAAAGACCUUGAGUAUUUUAAUAUGACAUUCAUCUCAACUA